AUGGCGGAGAUGAACGGUUCUCUGCUGCCGCAACACGCCGCCCUUGACCCCCAAUCUCUGCUCCUCUCUCAAUUCUCCGAUUCCGGAAAGCCGCAGCUCCUUCAACUCACAACCGAGAGCUUCGUCAUGGAGCGAGGCCCCAGAUUCAAAGAGUACUCCGAUCUCAGAGAGAGAAAGCUGAGGAUGAAGAACUCCAUGGAUCCACCAGAGGAAAAGAUUCUACACCGAUCGCUUUUGACCCCGCCGAAAAAGCAGGUGAAAUUCAGUUCGACUUUCUCCACCCCGCCCAAGAGGCUCAAGGCGCCGUCUGCUCUGGCCCAAUCCGUCCCGGAUUUCUCGUCGACUCUGCGGAAGGAGAACAGGAAGCCGCCUGCGCUGCCGCCUGUGGCGGAGCGGUCGCUGACGCCGCCGGCUGGAUUUUUGAAGAGCGGGAGCGUUUAUGGGAAGUUGGGAGGAGGGAGCAAGUCGGUGAACUCGGCGGAGAAGAGGAACGGAGGAUUGAUGGCUAGAAAGAGCUAUGCAAGCAUGGCCGAGUUGAAGGGGCUGGCGGCGACGGCCGGGAAUGCCAUCAAUGGAGGAGGGAGGAGCACUAGAGGCGUUGCCAGAACUGUUUUGGGGUCUAGGCACUUUUGA